UUUACAAUCUGGAAACAAGUCAGUGUCUGAAGAAGAUGGGCAACUCGAUAGGUGACUUUACAUGUGUCAACCUCCAGAACAGUCCUCCAAACAUGCUUGUUACAGGCAAUAAAGACAGAAGGGUCAGGGUAUUCGAUCUCCGCAAAAGCGAAUCUCUGUGUUCCCUCUAUGCUCACCAGUUAGGAGUGUCUGCGGUCCAGAUGGAUGACUGGAAGAUCGUCAGUGGAGGAGAAGAGGGCUUGGUCUGUGUCUGGGACCAAAGGAUGGGCACCAAACUCUGGGAAAUGCAUGCCAGGCAUCCCGUCCGCCACAUAUGGUUUAAUUCUCACAGCCUCAUCACUGCAAACGUCCCUGAUGAGAAGAAUCCCCGAGGUGCCAGCAUCGUGGACGAUGACCUUACCGUGCACCACAAGCAUCGAGGAAUCAUUUAUGCCUACGAGUUCUCAGUGGACCAGUUGGCUGGAGAAAGCGUCCUUCCUAUUUGCCGCUCUUCCUACGAUGAAGUGACUGGUUACAACUACAACAUUGGCCUUGCAGUUCCCUAUGAUAACAUUUAGAUAACUCACUUGGCUUCUGUGGUCCAGCCCUCUGCCA